AUGAGUGCUCCUCCUACACCGCUCCACCCUGCGCCAGACCAGGAGGUAAAUGAAUUGCCGCAGGCACAAUUGGCCGCUGACAACCUAGAUCUCAAUCCUGGCCUCGAGGACGACUUGUCUGACGAUGACGUCAGCAUGGCUCCGCCAGACUCGGGAGAGAAUGAAAAAAGCGAAGAGCCCAGUGUCGAAAUUGCCCUGUGGACUGUUCCCUUCGAGAGUGCCUACGAUGCUGAAAUGUCAAAGUUGCUGAAAGAUGCCCAUCCUAGCGUGAAUAGCGCUCAGCAGAGUAAGCUCGUGGCGUACUUGGAUCAUGAGCUUCUACAGGUCCAGCGGAAGUUUGUGAAAAACCAAGCAGAGACAAGAAAAGAGUAUACUUUGCAGCAAUUGCUCACCGACUUGGCUCAAAUUGUCGAUGUGCUCUGGGUGCUGGUUUCACCUGAGCACGCCUUUUUCGGCCAGGAAGAGUAUUUUAUAAAGAUCAUGGGUGAUUUGGAAGACUGGGUCGAUUGGUAUGACCUCAGUGCCAUUGGCACAGACAGGAAAACAGAGGUCUUUCUUUUCGGGCUUUUUUCCUUCUUCCAAAAAAUGGAUGUUCGCAUAUCACUACUCAUCGAUGGUCUUUCCGAGACAAAUCCGCAUCUGAAGUUUGACAGAACACAGCUCGUCCGUCUCUUCCCCAUAGCCAAUAGGUUAAGACUUAUCAUUGUGAGUAAACUACGGCCCUUGCGCGACGAAUUGGCACGCCAAAGAGACUCGAAAAACACCCACGCUGAUAAUCUUCUCAAUCUAGUUGAUGUCGAAGUUGGCCGACUUUUUGAAGGAACCCUCGAAAGAAGCUGA